CAGGAAAGAUCCGUUUGAAGUUGCAAAUUUCAGUGUGUUCUGUAUGUGCCCAAAAGUUUGUUGAUACUUAACUGUAUGGUUUUGUCUAAUACAAGAUACUCCCUUCUACUAAUCUUUGUUUGCAUACAGGAAACCUAAAAACCCUUUUCACUUCUCAGUUGAACAGCUGACAUAGUGCUGAUACUUUACUGUCAGCAUUUUUUCAUCUGUUACAAUAGUCAAGUAUGUCAAACACAGUUUUGGAAAAUGUGUUUUACCAAAGUGCUUUUUUCAGUUGUAGAGAUUUCGGAUCACAAGAUGUUCAGUUGAGGAAGACUGCUGAUAAUGAUUAAAAAUAAAUAAAUGAGCAGUUUUCAAAAGCAGUUCUGUAAAAUAAUUUGCCUUGCAAACAGUUCCCCACAGUAUCCUCUCGGGGAAGGCAGGAAAUUAAAGACUGAAACAUCCCUUGGGGAGAGAGAAAGACAGAGUUAAAGCAUUGUGACUUCUGUUGAAAUCACUAAAAUGUAAAGCUUUGUGGAGUUACUUUUGAGGCUCCUCUGAGUUGGAAAGGUGUUAACUCCCACGUGAAGAACUUACAUUGAAACCUGUGUGGAACACCGUAGUGCUGUGCCCUCCCAGCUCUCUGUUUGUAGGCGUUUGGAGAGGAGCAGAGCUAGGUGUGGGGGACACGUCUCCUGAUGGCAGGUCUGCUAGCCACCAGUUCGUAUAUAGCCACCUUCUGUUCUCCUGGACUUAAGGCUGCUGGUAAGACAUAGCCAAGAGCUGCUGCUGCCUCCUCCUCUUCCUGCCUUUGCCCCAAAUCCAGCUCCACCCCACCCAAGGUUCCCUGUCAUUACUCUGUGGCAAGGCGAGGGCAGGGGGAACGAGUUAAAAUUUGUGGUGCCUCUGUGACUAUGAGUUGGAUUCUGUUUCUGCAUGUUCUGUGGAGAUCAUCUGCUGGCUUUGGCAGGAUGACUGCACCAACAGAGGUGGCGUUUCUGAUGAGCUUUCGAGUGAGGAGGACACUGAAACAAUGACACAAAGGAUCUUGUUACGCCAGAAUGUGGAAGGGGCUUCCAGUGACAAUAGCUAUGAAGAGAAGAAGAAGAGGCCUCUUGUUUCUCUGAGCCAGGCUGUCUCACAGGUCAAGCAAGCCCUGAAAGGUGCCAGAGACUCUGAUAGUGUCGUAGAAUCUGAACUAGAAUCCACAUUAUAUAGUCAGGACUUGAGGUCCUGCAUUAGCGUGGGAUCCCAGGGCUGCGGAGUGACCCGGAGGGACUCGGAGAGUACUCGCCACGACUCGGAGACAGAAGACAUGCUGUGGGACGAUCUGCUCCACGGGCCAGAGUGUCGCUCGUCCUGCACCAGCGACAGCGACGAGGCGGCUGCGAGAGGCACCAGGCGGGAUUUGAAGGAAGAUGUUUUCCAGCAGAACCAUUUGUUUUGGCUGCAGAAUACAAGUCCAGCAUCUGCAAAAGUGAGUGCACUGAUCUGGGAAGGGAAUGACUGCAAGAAGGUGGACAUGUCUGUGCUGGAGAUCAGUGGGAUUAUCAUGAGCAGGGUUAAUGCCUACCAGCAAGGAGUGGGGUAUCAGAUGCUGGGAAACAUCAUCACCAUUGGAUUAGCAUUCCUACCAUUCCUCUACAGGCUCUUCCGCACAGACAACCUGGAGCAGUUGUGCUCCAUUUCCCUGAAGGAGCUUUUGCACAUCUUUUGUGGAGCACCUGCCAGCACCCCUGUCAUUGUUUUGUCCAUCAUCAACUUCCUUGAAAGACUCUGCUUAACCUGGAUGUUUUUCUUCAUGAUGUGUGUCGCUGAGAGAACAUACAAGCAGAGGUUUUUGUUUGCCAAGCUUUUUAGUCACAUUACAUCGGCUCGGAAAGCCAGGAAAUACGAAAUUCCUCACUUUAGACUCAAGAAGGUAGAAAACAUUAAGAUCUGGUUAUCCCUUCGUUCCUAUCUAAAGAGGCGAGGCCCCCAGCGAUCUGUGGAUGUUGUUGUGUCGUCAGUCUUUUUACUGGCUCUUUCAAUUGCUUUUAUAUGCUGCGCCCAGGUUCUUAAAGGUCACAAAACAUUUCUGAAUGCAGCUUACAACUGGGAGUUCCUAAUCUGGGAGGCAGCCCUUCUUCUCUUUUUACUACGUCUGGCAUCUUUGGGCUCUGAAACCAACAAGAAAUACAGUAAUAUUUCAAUCUUGCUUACAGAGCAGAUCAACUUGUACCUAAAGAUGGAGAAGAAGCCAAACAAGAAGGAGCAGCUGUCUCUAGUAAACAAUGUUCUGAAACUAUCUACAAAGCUACUGAAGGAAUUAGACACUCCAUUUAGGCUGUAUGGGCUGACCAUGAAUCCGUUAAUCUACAACAUCACACGUGUUGUGAUACUCUCUGCUGUCUCAGGUGUUAUAAGCGAUCUUCUAGGAUUCAACAUCAGAUUAUGGAAAAUCAAACCAUGAACUGACCAAACAUCAGCACUCGGCCCUCUCCACCAGAAAGGCAGACCAGAGAAGAUAACUAACAGCUUGGGCAAAAAGCAGAGGUGCUCUCCAACUACGGCAACCUGUAACUGUCAUUUUUUUAAAACAGAUUCUCAGUGUAUGUGUCAAGAGUUCUCCCUCUGCUCUGCUGUUCUACAGCAUACAGAACAAACUGGUCUAAUCAGUGAAGUCAUCCCAUGGCACGCACACACAGCAAACCAAUUCAUGGGGCCAAAGACUAGUAGCUGGCCCUGGAAACAGCGGGGCCCGUGUGCAGUGUGGGGCAUCAGGCAGUAAAAGCCCCGGGAGGCUCCCGCGGGAGGGACGGCGGCUCGGGCCAGUGAGCAGCAGCCUACACUGGAAUCUUUCAGUGUGUGCUCAGGCUGACAGUUCUGAGAUGCAGUUACCUGAAAACGCUGAAGAGUAUUUCUGUUCUUAAAAGCUGAGCGUGCUUGAGGCUUCGCCUCUCGAUCCUGAGCUAGUGCAGGCUGCCGUGGAAUUUGGGCUGCGCGAGAGGAAUUCUGCCUCCCUGUUGAGAGUCAAGCAACACAGCAGAUUCAUGCUGGUUGGCUCACAGUGGGUUUUCUGCAAAUAAAUGCUCAUUUUUUGGAAAACAUUAGUUACAGGAGAACAACCUUGCAACACAAAGUACAGGUAAAGCUUUUAGCAAGUGCAGAGUAUUUCGCUCCCUGUGAGCCCUCAGCUGUGCCGAGCCCCCGACUGGCAGCUCUGCUCAGUGCUGGGAGAAGCUGUUGCAGCUCCGCGCUGCGACAGUGCCUCACACUGAAAUACCCGAGGAGGGAACGUGGGGAAGGCUUCCUCGCCCGAGAGCAGAUCAGCGCCUAGAAAAGGCACAGGAGUAAACCAUUUUGUUUCCAAGAAGUCUGUUAAACCUACCUUUUCAUUAUCUGACUCUACUGUCUUCUACUUACUAGUAAUAAAAAAAACAAGAACUGAGGAACUUUUCAUAGCUUCAUUCUUUCACAGAAGGGGUAAGAUGGCAUAAGAAUUUUUGGUAGUAAAUUGUUUACAGCUAUUUUCUGUACAAGGAAAAGUUGUAAGAUGUAAAAGGAGAUGACAAUUUUAUAUAUCAAGAUGUACAAAUAAACCUACAGUACAAGUAUUUCAUCAUUAA